AUGAAAGGGAAACCGAAGAACCUACACAAGAGAACACCUCCUCAAUCUCCACUUCCCCUCCUAGAUGCAUCCACCUCCAGCUUCCAAGCACCUACACCUCGAGAUGAAGUUCAAACCCUCUUCUCCAACCCGCCUGAAGCCUUAUCCAUCGAGACGUCUUUGGAAGUCUCAUCCUUCCAGAUGUCUCCACAGCCUACGGAUGACGAUUUUGUUAACGAUCGUGUUAAGGAUGGAGAUGAUGAGGGUGGAAAUCAUAAUGAUGAAGAUGAUGAGGGUGGAAAUCAUAAUGAUGAUGAAGAUGAUGAGGGUGGCAAUAAUAAUAAUAAUGCAGAUGUUGGGGAUGAUGAGGUUGGCAAUAAUAAUAUUGCAGAUGUUGGGGAUGAUGAGGUUGGCAAUAAUAAUAAUGCAGAUGUUGGGGAUGACAAUCAUAAUUAUGAUGAGGGUGAGCAUAAUAAUAAUGUGAAGAAUUAUAUACGUGGUGAACGUGAACGUGAAGGAGUACUAAGACCAAAACCCCGUACGCGUACAAUGUAUUCGCCGGAAGAAGUAUUGCGUGUUAGAAAGAAAAGAAAGCUUAGAAAGCCAAAGAACUAG